GUGGACAUAAUGGCAUUUGUAGCACAACGUAAAAUUUUACUUGCUGCCGGAGGAAUCUUUGCAGCUGGGACAGUCGCAUACGCUUGCUGUGCGGGUAGAAAGAAAUCCUCUACUCCCACUUUGAAUAACUAUCCUGACAUCCGCCAACAUAAUAACUUAAUGGCGAAACACCUCACUCCAAAACUCUAUGACAAACUAGAGAGUAAGUCUACUAGCUCUGGAUUCACCUUGGAUCAAGCUAUCCAGACUGGAGUGGAUAACCCAGGACAUCCAUUUAUCUCAACUGUUGGUAUUGUCGCCGGAGAUGAAGAGAGCUACCAAACAUUUGCUGAUUUAUUUGAUCCAAUUAUUGAGGAAAGACAUAAUGGCUUUAAGAAAACCGAUACACACAAGACAGAUUUGGAUCAUACUAAAUUAAGAGGAGGAACCUUGGAUGAUAAAUAUGUUUUAUCUUCGCGCGUGCGCACUGGACGUUCAAUCCGGGGAUAUUCUUUACCACCUCACUGUUCACGUGGUGAACGAAGGGAAGUUGAGAGAAUUGUGAAUGAUGCACUGGAAGGAUUGAAAGGUAGAUUUGUUCAGUUGUGGGUUACGUUAUCAAUUUGAUUUAGUUUCAUUUUGGACGUUCCGUAAAAGCUAGUUUUCCACUAAGCGAAUUUGUUCACGCAAAGCAAAUUUCGGCAAUGUGAUUAGUUUAGUUUAGUAGUUUGUUAACGUUUAGUAAUUAGUUUAGUAAUUAAGUUAGGUUAAUUUAGUUUAGUUUAGUUUAGUUUAGUUUAGUUUAGUUUAGUUUAGUUUAGUUUAGUUUAGUUUAGUUUAGUUUAGUUUAGUUUAGGUUAGGUUAGGUUAGGUUAGGUUAGGUUAGGUUAGGUUAGGUUAGGUUAGGUUAGGUUAGGUUAGGUUAGGUUAGGUUAGGUUAGGUUAGGUUAGGUUAGGUUAGGUUAGGUUAGGUUAGGUUAGGUUAGGUUAGGUUAGGUUAGGUUAGGUUAGGUUAGGUUAGGUUAAUUUAGAUUAGUUUAGUUUAGUUUAGUUUAGUUACUAGCUCGAAGCGCGCACGCGUUGGACGCGAUGUUGAAUGCAUGUAAAUCUUCAUGGAAAAUUUCAACUUCUUCUCGAAGUUUCGAGCGAAGGCCCUUCGAUUCGUCCUUAAAAUCGCUGCCUGGUGCUGAAUAGUUCUUGUCCGACAUUUUCUAGCUUUGCUCUGGGUUCGAGGUUGACAACAAGUCCGCCUCGAACUUAUUGUAUACCAGACGUUCAUAUAACACAUGCAAGUCUUGCCGCCGCUUGCCAAGAACCAGUCAUUGUCCAUUAUCAGUGCUCUAACCAUUUUGCUGUGGUACCCCACAGUCUAUUACUGGAAUAUGAUCUGAAAAUAAAAGUAAAGUUUGUAACUAUUUACAUAAUUAUAUUCAUUUAAAGUAAUAUAAUUAAAGGAUGAGUAGGUCAUGUUUUCAUGAAUUUGUUUUCGGAAAGUUUCAUGACAUAGGAUUAGUUAAGUUAAUUAAAGAAAGCAUUUUUUACCUGCCUAUGUUUAUUCCGCGCAUAUUCAGGCGAGCUACGAAACAUAAGUUAACUACUCAUCAUGAGAAACAAUGUGUCCGGUUGUAUAACAAGUUAUUGCAGAUUAAAAGGAGUUUGUAAUAUAACCUCGCCCCAGGAAUUAAGUUUCAAAUGUUUUCACAACACCGUUGCCUCGUUUGCCCAAGGCUCAAAUUCAAUUUCUUUUCUUCGUUGUCUGUUUAUAGGAGAACUGUUUUGCGUUUUAUUAUCUUUGGGAUAUUAUUUCAGGUCUACAAUAAUUUUCAAAAGUUGUUUAGACACUUGCAAUUUUAGACCAUCAGUGGAUGUAUGUAAAUUAUUACAAAUAUUUAUCUCCCCUUUACCAGAUCACACAUCAAAGUAAGAUGCUAACUGAGACCAAACAUUGAAAAGGGGAAAGGGGGGAUGGAAGUUUGUCAAAAUAAUAGGUAUUGUUCCCCCAACAAAUUUGAAAAUGAUUGUAUAUUCAAUUUCUUUGUCUGUUUAGGAGAACUAUCUGGUCAUUACUACCCACUGAACGGCAUGACGGAAGCAGACCAAAAUCAACUCAUUGACGAUCAUUUCCUGUUUGACAAACCUGUUUCCCCUCUUCUGACAUGCGCAGGAAUGGCGCGUGAUUGGCCUGAUGCGAGAGGAAUCUUCCACAACAAGAAUAAGAACUUCCUCGUCUGGGUAAGAUAUAUGAAAUACCCUAAACCUCCCCCAUGUAUGAGCCCAACAUAUAUUCACUAACGUUCAGGCCAUUCGAAGGUAAGCCCCCCCCCACCCAAUGGGUUUAUUAUUGGACAGGCCAUUUAUUAACGCGUAUUCACGUUCGUAUUUUGAACGAGCUUUAUGCUCUUGGACGUAACGUGUCUAAAUAAUUAAUUCAUUCAUUCAUUCAUUCAUUCAUUCAUUCAUUCAUUCAUUCAUUCAUUCAACGCAGCGACGGGGAUUGCUACAGCUCAGACGAGUGACAAUAAUUACAUUACACUAGUCACUUACAUUACACUAAUAAUUACGUUACACUAUAAGAUGUUGCCUUAUUUCGUGUUAUACACUGUAUAUUUAUAUUUCUUCUACAUCUACAUUCAUAACUCGCAAGAUCCGAAGACAAAAUGCAAGACUAUACAUUGUUUAUUUUAUUUUUUGUUACAUUCCAUACAUUGUUUUUAUUCACGAUAUAGGUUACAAGUACAAAAAAUAUUAUUACUAACACCAAUCGUCCGUAUAAAGCCACCCACCCCCAAUGUAGAAGCCCAUAAAAAUGCUAAACGAACGAAAAUGAGCCCAUGCAGGACUUUUGUAUACUCGGAGGUUUACGAUAUAACGCAUAUUAUCACUAAGCUAACUUUUUCAAUAAAUGGCAACAACAUUAGUGGUAACAGUUAAGCCGGUUACAGUCGAGCGAGUUUUCUAUGACAAGUUUUAUUUGCCAAGUGCACGUGUGUAUAUGCAACAAAUUAUCUAUGACAAUUUUUCAUAUGACAAGUAUUAUUUACUGGUGUGAACGUGUCAACAAGUUUACUUCGACAAUUAUUAGUAGCCAGCUGGCCAAUCACAUGAAAUGCUCAGAUUUCUUUGACAAGUUUUCUUUGUUGACACAUACAGACGAACAAAAUUUGUACUUUGACAAUUUUUCUAUGACAAGUGCACUUGUUCAAAAGCUAGCAUGUUAGCUUUUGAACAAGUGCACUUGUCAUAGAAAAAAUUGUCAAAGAUGCGCGUACAGACGAGCAAAUAAAACUUGUCACAUAAAAACUUGUCAUAGAAAACUUGCUCGUCCGUAACCGGCGUUAACUUCUGCUUAUUGUUGGAUCCAUGGCUCUUUCUCAGAAGACAUUAACAGAUUAAUCAAUGCAAUCAGGAAAAUAAAUUCUGGACUAAUCCUGGUUAAAUUAUCCAUGACUAUGAUCAAAUAAACCAAGAUUGUGUAAAUUAACCAAGAAAUUUAACCAGGAAUUCCCCCAAACAUGGUUAACUUUGGGGUUUAAUUAACCAAUUUUUAACCAGGGAGUUAUUAGAGUGUGUAACAUUUUAAGAAAAUUAUGUAUAGCACGCCUACUCUCAGCAUAUACGAAGGUGUCUGGAUCUAAAACAGGAAAUGUUCUUUCUGUUCAGAUCAACGAAGAAGAUCACACUCGCCUUAUUUCGAUGGAAAAAGGUGGAAAUAUGAAGAAAGUGUUCCAACGUUUCUGUGAAGGUUUGAAUGAAGUUGAACGUUUGAUCAAGAAAGAAGGUUUUGAAUAUAUGUGGACUCCUCAUUUGGGAUAUAUCUUGACAUGUCCCAGCAAUCUUGGGACUGGUUUGAGAGCUGGUGUUCAUGUCAAGUUACCAAACCUUUCCAAGGUAAAUAUCAGGAAUUUAACCUCAAAAUUAUUAUAAGCAGGAGAUAUAAUCUUGAACGCGCCAGUAACCUCGUACAAUUCCAUCUUUCACCUCAUGAAAAGAUUGUUACUAUUGCACCCAUAAACAUUCAUUAUUUGUAUACCGUUUACUGUGCAAUCAAUAUUUCAACGGGUUAUGCAUCGAUGAUAUGCACAAUAUGAUAUUUAGUAAGGAAGUAGAAUAAUCAUGUCAUGAUUUCUGAGAAAUGGUUGGCUCCAGAGGGCAAAAACCCAAGAAGGCAUAUAUAGAAGUCUCCGCGCGUAUAUGUAUGUGCGUAUGCUCGUAUAAGGUUCUGUAUUGGAAAAAAUCUCAGUUUUCCCAGUCUAAGGCUACAAAGGAUCUCGGGGAAUUACCGCAUGUAGUAUCGGUAAUGAAAAGGAAAUUUAGCAAUUUGCAAACACUGAUACACGGUGCAAACAGCGGACAUAUAAAGUGCAGCCACCCUUCUUCUGUUUGUUUGUUUACUCAGUUGGUUUAAAAGCUACGAAGGUUGGAAGACGACACAGAUUGCAGAGGUUCAUCAAACGGGGGCAGAUGUAGUGUCAACUAUUAUCAAUCAUAAAAUUAAGAUCAAUUUUAAAGAUAUGUUUAGUGAACUAAAGUCAUGGUUUUUUUUUUUAAACUAGGAUAAACGUUUUGAUCAACUCUUGGAAAAUCUCAAGUUACAAAAACGUGGAACAGGUAAAAAAAUCAAAAUGAAACGUACUAAUUUUUAUCUUUACCCGUAAAAGUUAGUGUUGUGAUACAAAUAUAGACACCCAAUGCUUAGGCGUGUUAAAGAUUGAUUUAAAUAUUCAAAUUGUUUUAAUAAAACUCCCUUGCCAACUUCCCUUGGUAAAUAGGGCAAAAAUGUUUAAAAAUCUAAAUAACAUUGCAAUUCUGCAGUUCCAGAACUGCGGCUGGUGACGUCACUGAUUGCAUAGUAAUGAGUUGAGGUUAUAGUUACUCCUCGGCAAGAAAAGUAUAGAUUGCCAGAUUAGGUUAGUAUAGAUUAGGUUUCCUCCUGUAGCAAAACUGGACAAAUGAAGAAUGUUCCAGAGAAUGUUCAUGGAGCAUCCAAGUAUAAGAAUAUAAAUUCAUUUCUCAUGUGUCUUGCCUACACGCAGAAGAAACUUAGUUUUUGCUGACAAAUAUUUGUACACAGGUGGUGUCGACACAGCAGCAGUUGGUUCAACCUUUGAUAUCUCGAACGCAGACCGUCUCGGAUUCUCUGAGGUUGAACUGGUUCAGUUGGUUGUUGAUGGUGUCAAUCAUUUGAUUAAGAUUGAGAAGAGAUUGGAAAAAAAUCAAAAGAUAGAUGAUCUCAUUCCAUGUUUGUAA